GAAACCUCUCCCCCCCUAUAUAAAUAUACAUACGAGAUAAUCAGAGUUCAGCAAUAAUAAUCUAGCUAUAACUAACAUUAUCACAAAAUACAAGAUAGAAUGCUGUCCUCUAGAAAGAUGAAAUCCAGUCACGUUAUCAUCUUAGUAAUAACGAUCCUAUGUAUGAAUAAUGGAGUAAUAUCAAGUCCUCCAGAGGAUCCAGUGAAGUGCACAUCAAAGAACACAAACUGCACCAUAACCAACUCCAUUGGCAUAUUCCCUGACAGAAGCAUAUGUGAAGCAGGAGAGGUGAAGUACCCAAGCACGGAGGAAGAGCUGAUAUCCAUAGUGGCCACGGCCACCAAGAACAACAGAAAGAUGAAAGCCGCCACCCGCUACUCCCACAGCAUCCCCAAGCUGGCAUGCCCGGACGGCAAAGACGGCUUGCUCAUAAGCACCAACAAUCUCAACAAGGUACUCAGGGUCGAUGCAGAGGCCAGGACCAUCACGGUGGAGAGCGGCGUCACGCUCCGGCAGAUCAUCGCCGAGGCUGCGGAGGCUGGACUUGCCUUGCCCUACACUCCCUAUUGGUGGGGUAUUACCAUUGGCGGACUCAUGGCAACCGGAGCCCAUGGAAGCACCUUGUGGGAUAAGGGAAGCGCGGUUCAUGAGUAUGCCACGGAGAUUCGAAUAGUUAGCCCCUCGGGACCUGAAGAUGGCUAUGCUAAGGUUCGGGUCCUUACUGAAUCUGAUGAUGAUAAUCAACACCUCAAUGCUGUCAGAGUUUCUUUAGGGGUUCUUGGAGUUAUUUCUCGGGUUACCCUGAAAUUAGAACCAAUGUUCAAGCGAUCACUUACGUACUUGACGAAAGAUGAUAAUGAUUUGGGGGAAGAAUUGAUUAGAUUUGGAAGAGAGCAUGAAUUUGCGGACGUAACAUGGUACCCAAGUCAGAAGAAGGCCGUUUAUAGAAUUGAUGACCGUGUCCCCCUUAAUACUUCUGGCAAUGGAUAUGAUUUCCUCCCUUUUCGCCCCACUCUCUCAGCCACAUUAGCUGUUGUUAGAUCCACAGAGGAGGUUCAAGAAGAAACAGGCGACGCUAACGGCAAGUGCCUUGGUGCAAAGUUGAUAACGGCAAUACUGGCAGGCACUGGUUAUGGAUUGACCAAUAAUGGAGUGUUCCUUGGGUACCCAAUCGUUGGAUUCAGCAACCGCAUGCAGUCAUCAGGGACGUGUUUGGACAGCAUGAACGACAAUCUGAUCACAGCAUGCCCAUGGGAUUCGAGAAUCAAGGGGGAGUUCUAUCAUCAAACGGCAUUCAGCGUUCCAUUGAGUCUCUUGAAGGACUUCAUCAAAGACAUGCAGGCCCUCGUUGAGUUGGAGCCAAAGGCGCUCUGUGGCUUAGAGAUCAACAACGGCAUCCUCAUGCGUUAUGUCACGGCUUCCAGUGCAUAUCUCGGCAAGACGGAGGACGCCGUCGACUUCGACAUCACCUAUUACCGCAGCAAAGACCCUCUGAACCCUAGGCUUUACGAAGAUAUAAUUGAGGAGAUUGAACAGAUUGGGUUGUUCAAAUACGGAGGGUUACCCCACUGGGGAAAAAACAGGAACGUUGGGUUUAUUGGAGCAAUAAGCAAGUACGGAAAUUCAGAUAAGUUUAUAAAGAUUAAAGAGGAGUAUGACACGAGAGGACUGUUCUCUAGCGAGUGGACGGACCAAGUGCUUGGACUCAACAAAGAAGGGUUGACCAUAGUCAAGGAAGGGUGUGCCUUGGAAGGGCUCUGUAUAUGCUCGGAGGAUUCUCAUUGUGCGCCUAAGAAGGGUUACUUUUGCAGGCCAGGCAGAAUCUACGAGCAAGCAAGGGUUUGCAGUAAUCGUGAAGACCAUGAUCUUCAGCAAUCCAAGGACGAACUUUAGCUUUAAUUUCGACCUUUUAGGACAUACAUGAUCCGUCUUUACUUUAACUUUUGUGAUAUUGUGCUUGCUUCAUUUUCACAGUAGUAAUUAAUCAUAUUUGUUAUGUUAUUACAUGUUGAUGAACAAUAAUAAUUAAUGCAUCUAAUAAGUUAAU